CUCUCCUUGGCAGACCAAUAACGCGCAGUUUCACGUUCAGCCUCUGUCUCAGCCAGCGGUGUCUUCAGGAUUAAACUGAAAGGAGCUUUCUUUGCUUAUUGUUAAACACCAUUUGUCAUUUGAAAGUUUUUUUUUUCUGUGUGUGGCUGCUUUUUUUUGUUGGAUCCAUAUCCACACACACAUAGCUCUAUUUAGAUAUUAUAAUUUUUUUCUCAUCUGGUUGAAUUUGCUCUGACAUGGAAGUGAGAUGUCGUCCAGCGGUGAUGUGCUGUGUCCUUGCCGUCCUCUGCUCCGUGGUUCCCCGGUCGCUGGAGUCUUCUUACGCGGACAGGCAGUAUCUGAACGAGUGGGCUGUGGAGAUCCCAGGUGGACUGUCCGCUGCGGAGGCGAUCGCCAAAGAACUGAACUACGAACUGGUCCGACAGAUUGGGGCCCUGGAAGACCAUUUCCUGUUCAAACACCGCAGACAUCCUAGCAGAGCGAGACGCAGCGCCGAGCACGUCACCAGGCAGCUGUCAGAGGACGAUCGAGUGCUGUGGGCAGAGCAGCAGUACGAGAAGCGCCGCAACAAGCGGGCGUCCCUCAGGGAGUGUAGGGACUGCCCGGUGGACAAGCUGUUUGAUGAUCCCAUGUGGAACCAGCAGUGGUAUCUGCAAGACACGCGGACGUCCUCCUCGCUGCCGAAGCUCGACCUGCACGUGAUCCCCGUGUGGCAGAAAGGCAUCACGGGGAAAGGAGUGGUCAUCACCGUCCUCGAUGACGGGCUGGAGUGGAACCACACAGACAUCUACUCCAACUACGACGCCGCAGCCAGCUAUGAUUUCAACGACAACGACCCAGACCCUUUCCCCCGAUACGACUCCACCAAUGAAAACAAGCAUGGUACUCGCUGUGCAGGGGAGAUUGCAAUGCAGGCAGACAACAAUAAAUGUGGGGUCGGAGUGGCGUACAACGCCAAGGUUGGAGGGAUUCGUAUGCUGGAUGGGAUUGUGACUGACGCCAUUGAAGCGAGCUCUAUUGGGUUCAAUCCGAACCACGUGGACAUCUACAGCGCCAGCUGGGGACCCAACGAUGAUGGCAAGACGGUGGAGGGCCCCGGCCGUCUGGCCCAGAAGGCUUUUGAAUAUGGUAUUCAGCAGGGCCGUGGUGGGAAAGGAUCUAUCUUUGUCUGGGCAUCAGGUAAUGGUGGACGCCAGGGAGAUAACUGUGACUGCGACGGCUACACGGACAGCAUCUACACUAUCUCAAUCAGCAGCGCCUCCCAGCAGGGCCUGUCCCCGUGGUACGCUGAGAAGUGCUCCUCCACUCUGGCUACAGCGUACAGCAGUGGAGACUACACUGACCAGAGGAUUACAAGUGCUGAUCUGCACAACGAGUGCACUCAGACUCACACCGGAACUUCUGCCUCUGCUCCGCUGGCUGCAGGAAUAUUUGCCCUGGCGCUGGAACAAAAUCCUGAUCUUACCUGGAGAGACCUGCAGCACAUUGUGGUCUGGACCUCGGAGUUUGAUCCUCUGGCCAAUAACCCGGGCUGGAAGAGGAACGGAGCAGGACUUAUGGUGAACAGCCGCUUCGGCUUCGGCCUCCUCAAUGCCAAAGCCCUGGUGGACCUUGCUGACCCGGCCACCUGGAAGCAUGUGCCAGAGAAGAAGCAAUGCAUCGUCAGGGAUGAUUCAUUCCAGCCGAGGGAACUUAAAGCAGCGGGGGAGAUCACUAUAGAGAUUCCAACCAAAGCCUGUGCAGGGCAGGAGAACGCAGUCCGCUCAUUGGAGCACGUGCAGGUGGAGGCCAGCAUUGAAUACACCAGGAGAGGAGACCUGCACAUCACACUCACCUCCCCAGCUGGUACCAGCACGGUGCUGCUGGCAGAGAGAGAGAGGGACACGUCCUCUAACGGCUUCAGGAACUGGGACUUUAUGUCUGUCCAUACAUGGGGAGAAGAUCCCACCGGGACGUGGACCCUAAAGAUCACAGAUACUUCAGGCCGUAUGGAGAAUGAGGGACGGAUUUUAAACUGGAAGUUGAUUCUCCACGGCACGUCAGAGAAACCAGAGCACAUGAAGAAACCUCGAGUGUACAUUCCUUACAAUGCUGUGCAGAAUGACCGCCGUGGAGUGGAACAUAUGGAUGACAUGAUGGAGGAGCCCACACAGGCCCAUUCACUUCAGAAGACUGAGAUUGCAAAAGCUUCUUCUCCUUCCGAUCCAGAGAAAGAACCCAAAGAGCUCUCGAAUUCUCCUUUCACCCCCUCUCUGGCUCUGAUUCGUCUCCUGCAGACGGCCUUCAACCAACAGACCCCGGCCCUACAGCAAUCUCAGGCUGUGGCCAGGGCCUCCUCCGCCUGGAGGAAGCAGCUGCAGUCAAGCCAGAGCAUCUCACCUCCCUCUACGAGACUCCCACCUCAGAAGCUAUACCAGGCUCUGGACAUGAUCAACAAGUACCGUGGCAACGACGACAGCGUGUACAGUGACUACAGCGAUGGCUUUUACAGCAACAAGCCGUACAGGCACAGAGAUGACCGACUGCUGCAGGCCCUCUUUGAGAUGCUGGACGAUGAUCGCAAGUGAAACCCCUCUGGGAAGCGGAGUGGCGGAGGUCCAGGAGGAAGAGAUGAAGCGUGGUUUGGGAGCAGAGGAACAAGGCAAAGAGGGACGAGACUGGAGGAGAAGAAACAUAGAAAAGAGAACUCCUCCGCUCAGAUCUGUUUUUUUUCACCCAGCUGCAUCUACGUACCUUCAUUUGCCUAUCAUCAUUUCUUAAUUGAUUCUUUCAUUCCUUUGCUCUCCCAUGCAAAGUUUCCAAAUGUGAUUCAAAACCCGUGGACUCAUUUAGAACCUCUCUGCUAUCUCCAUAUAGUGACAGCAUAAAAGCAUUUAAACCAGAGCCUGUGGAGUGUGUGUGGGGGGUGGGUGAUGGUGGCCUUGUCUCUCUUCUCCUUACUGCCUGCUCGAGCAUGUCACCUUUAGAGUCUAAGUUUUGUAAUAGUAUCUAUAUAUUAACUAUAUAUUAUACAGAGACGAUGAUUGUAAUAUGGUUUGGAAAACACAGCGUCGCCACCUUCGAAUCCAAAAAUCCCAUUUCUACUUUAGCUUUCGUCAGAAUGUCCAACAUCCGUUUUAUGUUUCACACUAGAGGAGGACAAAUUGACCCAUAAAGCCUGACACAACACCAUCAAAUUACAAUCAGCACAAAUAAAUGAGGGAAAUCUAAAUUCAGAUAAAAAAAAAAAAAAAUUAAAAAAUAUGUUGACAAAAGGUUUAUUCUCAGGGUGUCAACAAAACUACAGAUUAGUUUUCUGGACUAUUCAAAGUAUUAAGAUAAAUGCAUUUAGUGUGAAAGAUUAUUGACUUCAUAAGUAUACAGUUCUACUAACGGGCUACUCAAAAUCGGAAAUCAUGAAUAUACCAUGGAAAUAUAAAAUAACGGAAAGAACACUGGGAUGUCUUAGAUAUAUUAAAAAAAAACACACACAUGUGCAAUUUGUUUAAUUUUGUACGAGUACAAUGCUGCAUCGAGAAAUGAGCUAUUUUUCUAAGGAUCCUCUUUAGCUUAUGAAAUAUUAGGAACAGAAAUAUCAUGGACAGUAUCAAAUCCUUAAACAGUUUAUUUUCUCGUGGCACAGUUCACUCAGUAACCACAAAGUAAGUGUAGCUACAAAUGAACACUGCCAAACUCUUUGCUGACAAAAACAGGACAAAACUGUGUAUUCAGUGAUUGCUGUUUGUUCAUAAUCUGUAAUAUUUCAACGGCAGACAGCUCUGUGAAUCCUGGACACACUCUGACGUUAAUAUCUGCAGCCGAAUCAUUCCUCUGGUAUUCAUUUGGUAUUAAGGGACCUAUCACACUGCAGAACCCUCUGUAGAAUAGCGGCUCUGCCCUGCAGCCUUCAAGCGCAUUCAUGUCCUUAACGCCUUAAUAUCUGCUGUAAUAAAAGCUGCAUACCCGUCUUUACUUGGUGUAGAUCAAUUUACAGAUGCUGUGUGUAAGUAUUCGUGACAUGAAUCGUUGUGAAGUCUCCUUGCAGAGCCUCUAUCCCCCAGCUCGGAGCUGCCUGCCCCACUUCUCUGCCAAAAAAACGAGACAGGAAAAAAAAGAUGAUGUUUGGGGAAACGCUUUUCACGCGCCCUGUAAUUUGUCCACUCAUUCGUGUACCCCGUGCUGUUUUCUUUGUUUCUUUUUCUCCUUUUUGUUUUUUUUUGACUGG